AAUUUAUCGUGAAUAAUCUGCCAAACAGUACAAAAACGAUUUUAUAGCCUUCUGUCGAAGGCAACAACCCACCCGUGCUUGUACGUCAGCUUUGUAUUAGGGAAUUAAGGCACGCAAUAGAACACGUGACGCAAGAAUACUAAUGAGAUGCGUCUCGAAAACCAAGAGGUAACAAUAGCGCCAACUAUAUUUUCAAAUGGCACCACCACCAGGCGGUCGGCGUGUUUCCUUUAUACGGUUUGGUCUGUUACACCGCAGAGCGGUGGUUUUCUGUGCCUUAGUUGCUAUAUUCUUUAUUUUAAUGCAGUGGGCAAAACUUCCUAUUAAUGUGAGUUACUCAAGACGGAUCACGUCCAAAAGGAUUAAAACUGUUUCCCGACCGGCGAUCAACAGGCCCAAUAUUGUAUUCGUUUUGGCAGACGACUAUGGAUGGAAUGAUAUUGGUUAUCAUGGCUCAUUUAUUCGUACACCGAACCUGGAUAGCCUGGCAUCAGAGGGAGUUAAGUUGGAGAACUACUAUGUCCAGCCUAUAUGUAGUCCGUCAAGGGAGCAACUAAUGACAGGUAGAUACCAGAUUCACUAUGGACUACAGCACAGUGUCAUUAUGUGCGAUCGUCCGCAUGGUCUUCCACUGGAUGAAGUGACCUUACCGCAACAACUAAAAAAGAACGGAUACUCGACAUACAUGGUUGGCAAAUGGCAUCUGGGAUUCUUUAGAAAAGAAUAUAUGCCACUGCAAAGAGGAUUCGACAGGUUUUACGGCUACUUGACUGGUGGCGAAGAUUAUUGGACACAUCGAAAGCCAAGCCAGUACUCAAAGGAUCCCUCGGAAUAUCAAGGACUAGACUUGCGGGACCAAGAUAAGCCUGUCUUGGACCAAAAUGGAACGUACUCAACCCACCUGUUCGCUUCAAAAGCAAUUGAAAUGAUCUCGAAUCAUGAUCAUAGCAAGCCGAUGUUUCUCUACCUACCUUUCCAAGCGGUUCAUGGCCCUCUUGAAGCACCAAAGGAGUACAUGGAACAAUACAAAAGUAUAGAAAACACUCUUGUAAGAACGUAUGCAGCAAUGGUAACAGUUUUGGACGAGGCAGUUGGUAAUGUAACGCGCGCCCUGAAGACCCAUGGCUUGUGGGACAACACUGUAUUUAUCUUUUCGACUGACAAUGGGGCGAAGAAAGGUAAGGGUUCUAACUGGCCACUGAGAGGCUGGAAGAACACCCUGUGGGAGGGAGGAGUACGAGCUGUCGGUUUUGUCAACAGCAACCUGUUGGAGAAAAAGGGAAGAAUCAGUGAUGCUCUUAUCCAUAUCUCUGAUUGGUUUCCUACUUUACUUCGCAUCUCUAAUGGAUCUUUGACCGGUACAAAGCCUCUGGAUGGAUUUGAUGUUUGGAAUACAAUAAGCACUGGAGCACUUUCACCGAGAACAGAAAUUCUACAUAACAUCGAUCCACUCAAGGCCUUGUCUUCGUUACAAUUUUCUUACAAACUGUAUAGCGAUGUAUUUAACACCUCGGUUUAUGCCGCUCUUCGGUCUGGAGACUGGAAAUUACUGACGGGUUCUCAAGAUCGAGGAGGAUGGAAACAUCAAGGUCCUUCUCACAAUAUGUUUGACAAGCCGAAAGAGCAACCCGAUAAACACAUCUGGCUGUUUAAUAUCCGCAACGAUCCCCAGGAGAAAAACGAUUUGUCUGAUAGGUAUCCUGUCAUCGUGCUAGACAUGCUGGAGAAGCUAUCAGCUUACAACAAGACAGCCGUCCCUCCGUUUUGGCCCCCUCGUGACCCAAGGGCGAACCCUGCACUGCAUGGAGAUCUUUGGGGACCAUGGAUUUGACUAUAAGUACCAAUGAAAAAACUAGUUCAUUAGGCUAAGCACGUUUUAUCCGUUUAUAAAUUGAAUUCGCCAUAAGACAUUACAUCUGAUAUGACUGAUGGACUUUGCACUGAUUGAAAAAAAACUACCCAUGCAAUGAUAGUUUGAAAUCGUAUAAGCUUUUCAUCUUUCUCAGAUCAGUUUUUGUUAGGUCGUCAGGUUAUGAUUAUCUUUCAAAUAGUUUUUACCAACAUUUUCAAAGUAAUCUUUUAACAGUAUGAGUAUUUUGGAAUAUACAUUUUCCAAAAGGCGUUUACUAUUUUCCAUUAGUGGAGUAAAAAUUUGCAAGGAAGUAUUUUAAAUUUGAUACUUCCAAUGUUUAUGAUUUCCACACUUUCUUUCAGUUUAGAAAUAAACUAUCCCAGUGAGUUUGUGACGUUACGUAUGUAUUGUAAUUUUCUUGAAAGGCAGAGGAAAGACACAUAUUAUAUUAUUGGGAUUUUCUUUGUGUUGAAACACACAUCAGUUGAUCCAAAUCAUGUGGUCCUCCUUGUUUUUGUUUUUUAUUUUAAAUAUUUUGUUUAACCCUAUCUAGA